CUACAUAGUACCAAAAAUUCUCCCUCUUUCUAGGGUUAGGGUUUUGGGAGGAAGUUGGGGAUGGGAAAUCCGGAGUUCCAGAUCUUCAACACCAUGACCAAACAGAAGGAGGUUUUCAAGCCAAAGAUCCCUGGAAAAGUCAGCAUGUAUGUCUGCGGCGUCACCGCCUACGAUUUCAGCCACAUCGGCCACGCUCGUGUCUACGUCGCUUUCGACGUCCUCUACAGUGAAUGGAUUAUGUUACCUAGUUCCUGGUCAGGUUGUAAUGCUGAUGGGGUGUGAUGUUAUCUUCGCUUUCUUAAAUUUAAGCAGAUACCUGCAACACUUGGGAUAUGAAGUGAAUUAUGUAAGGAACUUCACCGAUGUUGAUGACAAGAUAAUACGCAGAGCAAAUGAGCUGGGUGAGGAUCCAUUAAGUUUGAGUAGUCGGUUCUCCAAAGAGUUUCUUGAUGAUAUGGCUGCUCUUCAGUGCCUCCCUCCUACCCAUGAACCGCGUGUUUCUGAUCACAUGACCCAGAUAAAAGAUAUGAUAGCCCAGAUUAUUCACAAUGGAUGUGCCUAUGUCAUUGAUGGAGAUGUCUAUUUCUCUGUUGACAAUUUCCCUGACUAUGGUCGCUUAUCUGGACGAAAGUUGGAAGAUAAUCGAGCAGGUGGACGGGUUGCCGUUGACUCAAGAAAGAAAAACCCUGCUGAUUUUGCAUUAUGGAAAUCUGCAAAGCCUGGUGAGCCAAGCUGGGAGAGCCCUUGGGGCCCUGGAAGACCAGGAUGGCAUAUUGAAUGCAGUGCCAUGAGUACCCAUUAUUUAAGUCCGGCCUUCGAUAUCCAUGGUGGAGGGAUGGAUCUAAUCUUUCCCCAUCAUGAGAAUGAGAUUGCACAGAGCUGUGCUGCGUGCCAAGAGAGCAAUGUGAGCUAUUGGAUGCAUAAUGGUUUUGUCACUGAGAACAAUGAAAAAAUGUCCAAGUCACUAGGAAAUUUUUUCACAAUCCGUGAGAUCUCCAAAUUGUACCAUCCGUUGGCCUUGAGAAUUUUCUUGAUGGGCACGCAUUAUCGAUCACCUGUCAAUCACUCAAGUGAAAUGCUGGAAAUUGCAUCAGAGCGUGUUUUCUACAUCUAUCAGACUUUGCAUGACUGUGAAGUCGUUCUAUCCCCAUUUCGAGAAGGGAACCUCAAGGAUCGAGUCACGCCUGAUACCCAGAAGUGCAUCAAUAAGUUUCGAACAGAUUUCCAGACUUCAAUGGCAGAUGACCUGCAUACUUCUGAGGUUUUGACUUCUCUUUUGGAACCAUUGAAGACCAUUAACACUGUUCUGAAUUCCUUGAAGAAGCAGAAGCAGCAGCUGCAGCAGCAGUUACUGAUUCAGUCUCUUGUUGCUUUGGAGAAAGAAGUAAAAUUUAUUCUAAAUAUUCUGGGGCUUCUGGCAUCUUCUUCUUAUUCCGAGCUUCUGCAGCAGUUGAAGGAUAAAGCAUUGGGGAGAGCAGGUUUGACGGAGGAUCAAGUGCUGCAGCAAAUUGAGGAAAGGACUUUAGCGAGAAAUGAAAAAGACUGGGGGAAAUCUGACCAGAUAAGGAAAGCUUUGUCUCUUAAAGGUAUCGGUCUCAUGGAUGUCCCUGAAGGAACGAUAUGGAGACCAUGCCUGCCAAAUCAACAAUAAUGACAGCAUUUUGCCUAUUCAAUUGAGGGUGCAAAAGCAUGAUCACUUGGGAGUCCCGUUGAAGAGAGUAUCCAGAUCAAUUUUUCAAUGACCCAUACCUGUUGUUACGGCUGUGAGGUAAUUAUUCACGGGCAAAUUUAGAAUGAAAUGCCCUUGAAGAUUGUUUUUCAUUGAUUUUGUUGUUGUCUGAUAAGAUCUGUUAAACAUAGGCUGUGAGACCAGACUCCUUGGGGUUGUCAAACAGGGACUGUCAGAUUUCCAAACAGUCUUGAGGUUCUACCCUUUGGUUUAGUUGUCGAAAUGCUGUCUGUAAGUUACUGAGAUGACCCUUGAUCUUGAAUCAAGCACCAGUGUCAGGUUAUACGAUCAUUAUGUAAGUCAACAAGAAAGGGUAGAAUCAGUGUUUUUGUUACUGGCAAUAAUAUCGAUAUUUUGUCUGGGA